CCUUCGGCACCUGCCGCUCCGCUGUCCCGACUCCAGAUGGGGAAGGACCAGGGCUUCUCUCGGCACUUUAGGAUCUUCAUCCCCAAGAAGCACCGGGCGCGCUUCGACGAGGUGGUGUCACAGGGCCUGCUGGGCAAGCUGUGCCGCGCCCGCCGGACACAGGGCGCGCAAAGGCUGCGACGGAGCCGCAGUGAGGAGCGGCCCGAGCGCCUCCUAGUGUCCACUCGCGCCAGCGCCGCGCCGCGCCGCCCGGACGAGCCGCCCCCGCGCAAAGCUGCCUCGCUGCUCGGCGGCCGUGCCGGCCCGGGGAGCACGCGCAGGACUGUCCGAGUCUACAAGGGCAAUAAGAGCUUUGGAUUCACACUGCGUGGCCACGGUCCUGUCUGGAUUGAGUCUGUCCUGCCUGGCAGCCCAGCUGACAAUGCGGCCCUCAAGUCAGGUGACCGGAUCCUCUUCCUCAAUGGACUGGACAUGAGGAACUGCUCCCACGACAAGGUGGUGUCCAUGCUGCAAGGCAGCGGCGCGAUGCCCACACUGGUGGUGGAAGAAGGGCUCGUCCCAUUCGCCAGCGCAGACUCCGAUUCUUUGGAUUCCCCCAACCCAUCCUCGGCGCUCACCUCCCUGCAGUGGGUAGCAGAGAUCCUGCCAUCUAGCAUCCGGGUCCAGGGAAGGACAUUCAGCCAGCAGCUGGAGCACCUGCUCACACCUCCUGAGCGCUAUGGGAUCUGCCGAGCUUUGGAGAGCUUCUUCCAGCACAGGAACAUCGACACCCUCAUCGUCGAUGUCUACCCAGUGCUGGACACACCUGCCAAGCAGGUGCUUUGGCAGUUCAUCUACCAGCUGCUGACCUAUGAGGAGCAGGAGCUCUGCCAGGAGAAGAUUGCAUGCUUCCUGGGCUACACAGCCAUGACAGAGCCUGAGCCUGAGCUGGAUCUAGAGCCUGAACCUGAGCUGGAGCCAGAGCCGACACCAGAGCCCCAGCCGCGGAGCUCCCUGAGGGCCUCCUCCAUGUGCCGCCGCAGCCUCAGAUCCCAGGGCCUGGAGGCCAGCCUGAGCUGCGGUCCCAGUGACUUCCCUGAGAUGCCUCUUCCUCUGAUCCCAGGCGAGCGCCAGGCUGGUGAUGGCACAUCCCUCCCUGAGACCCCCAACCCCAAGAUGAUGUCAGCUGUCUAUGCAGAGCUGGAGUCUCGACUGAACAGCAGCUUCAAGGGGAAGAUGGGGACCGUGUCCAAAUCCCGGGCCUCCCCACCAGUCCCCAGCCUGGUAGGCACAGCAGCGCCCAGGACUCUGUCCAACAUCUCAUGGCCCAGCGAGCGGCUCUUGCCCUCCCCCUGCUACGACCCACUGUGCUCAGGGGACCUGGCCUCCCCCAGCAGCUCUGAAUCUCACCCCUAUGCCAGCCUGGACAGCAGCAGGGCGCCCUCCCCUCAGCCAGGCCCUGGGCCCACCUGCCCUGACAGCCCCCCGAGUCCGGACCUGGCCCGGCCAUCCAGCCGCCGGAAGCUCUUCACCUUUGCACACCCUGUGCGGAGCCGGGACACAGAUCGCUUCCUGGAUGUGCUGAGUGAGCAGCUGGGCCCCCGGGUUACCGUCGUGGAUGAUUUCCUCACGCCCGAGAAUGACUAUGAGGAGAUGAGCUUCCACGAUGACCAGGGCAGCUUCGUCACUAACGAGCGGAGCAGCGCUAGCGAGUGUAUCAGCAGCAGCGAAGAGGGCAGCUCCCUGACCUAUUCCUCCAUCUCGGACCACAUCCCUCCGCCGCCGCUCAGCCCCCCACCGCCACCACCCCUGCCUUUCCACGACCCCAAGCCCAGUUCCCGCACCGCCGAUGCCCCCCGGGGCCCCGCUCAGGCCCUGGCUAAGCCCCUUACCCAACUCAGCCACCCAGUUCCGCCCCCACCUCCCCCACCCCUGCCCCCGCCUGUGCCCUGCGCACCCCCCAUGCUAUCCCGGGGCCUGGGUCACCGGCGCAGUGAGACCAGCCACAUGAGCGUCAAACGCUUGAGGUGGGAACAAGUAGAGAACUCGGAAGGCACCAUCUGGGGGCAGCUCGGGGAAGACUCGGACUAUGAUAAGCUGAGUGACAUGGUGAAAUACCUCGACCUGGAGCUCCACUUCGGCACCCAGAAACCUGUCAAGCCUAUGCCCGGGCCAGAGCCCUUCAGGAAAAAGGAAGUGGUGGAGAUCCUGUCCCACAAGAAGGCCUACAACACCUCCAUCCUCCUGGCGCACCUGAAACUGAGCCCCGCUGAGCUGCGACAGGUGCUUAUGAGCAUGGAGCCCCGGCGCCUGGAGCCCGCACAUCUGGCGCAGCUGCUGCUCUUCGCGCCUGACGCCGACGAGGAGCAGCGCUACCAGGCCUUCCGCGAGGCACCUGGCCGCCUCAGUGAGCCAGACCAGUUCGUCCUGCAGAUGCUGUCAGUCCCUGAAUACAAGACCCGCCUGCGAAGCCUCCACUUCCAGGCCACCCUCCAGGAGAAGACAGAGGAGAUCCGAGGCAGCCUGGAGUGUUUGCGACAGGCAUCCCUGGAGCUCAAGAACAGCCGGAAGCUCGCCAAGAUUCUGGAGUUUGUGUUGGCCAUGGGCAACUAUCUCAAUGACAGCCAGCCCAAGACCAACAAGACCACAGGCUUCAAGAUAAACUUUCUGACAGAGCUGAACUCCACCAAGACGGUGGAUGGGAAGUCCACUUUUCUGCACAUACUUGCCAAAUCACUGAGCCAGCACUUUCCUGAACUCCUGGGCUUCGCUCAGGACCUACCCACCGUGCCCUUGGCUGCCAAAGCGAGCACUCAGCGACCUGCAGGCCGGCGAGGGUCCGCGCAGCUCCGGGAUGACUUCGCCCCUGGCCUGGUGACGGCGGCCACGCCGCUUCCUCUGCGGCCUGAGCGAAGAGACCGACGCCGGAGAGGGCGGCGGGGACGCCGUCGAGGUCCGGGGUGCUGAUCUGCGGAGCGACAGAUCUGGCCGCGGGCUGGUCGCCGCACAGGUCUCCAGCUACCUCAGCCGCCAAGGCCUCCGCAUGCCCGAGUGCGUCUGCGGGUCGCGCGAGCUGGGGCUGCCCGCCUGGGGGAUUCGCGGCCCCAGCCCUGCGGUGUCCCGCAGGCUUCCUGCGCGAGCUCCUGGCGGCGGGUGGAAUAAAGUGCUACUGUGUGCCCCCGGGGAUGGGGGGCCACGAGUUGGUUGCUAAGGGAUUGUAGCACACCAGCGGCUAGGACCUGCUUUCUGAGCCUGCUUGGAGUGGCCCCCCCAGCAGAUGAGCCAGGAGACGCUGGCCGCACCAAGCCAGCAUCCGGAGGCCCCUUGCCCAGCCAGGAAGAAGGCAGGAAAGCUUGCAGUCUGGUGUCCUGGGACCGCCAAACAGAGCCUGUUUUGGUUUUUUGUUUGUUUGUUUUUGUUUUCGAGACAGGGUCUCCCGAUAUAGUUCAGGCUGGCCUCGAAUUUGCAGUGAUCCACCUGCCUCAGCCUCCCAAAUGCUGGUAUUACAGGCAUACCCCACACCUAGCUUCAGGCCUGGGUCGUGGAAGCUGCCCUUGGCUGCAGCUGAGGAGGGCACCAGGAGGAGAGCAAUCAGUGAGAGAUCUAGGGAAAAACCGGAGUUAUAAGAAUAUCAAGCUGCAGGAUGGAAGCUCUGGUUUUGUUUUGCUAGGCUAGGGAUAGAACUCAGGGCUUUGCACAUGGCAGGCAAGCAGUAUACCAACGAGCUACAUCCCAGCACCUCAGAAUUGAGGGUUUGAUCCAGUGGAUGAACUCAAAUUCACUUUAGAGGUGAUUAGAUCAGGGGAGGCUCAGAGCAGGAAGGGGAUCCUUAAGGUAGUGGCAGAGAGGGCAAAAUGUUUAGAUAGCACUUGGGUGAGCAGGACUUGGUGGCCGAUUGCCAGGUGUCUUAGCUGGAUGGGUGAUAAUGUUGUUCCCUGGAAGAGGUCACGUGAGCGGGGCAGACUUGGGGAUGGAUGACACAUCUAGGAUAUGCUCGGAAUCUCAGAGGCCACUUUCUGUGUGUCUGGAGGUAGGGAAAGGAGUUACCUGAAAGCAAAGAGCGAGUGGAGAAAUGAGCAGAGAGUGCAAGCAACUUGUUUUCCAAGCUGUUUUCUCUUGGAUUUCUUUUUCUCCCAUCCCAAUCAAAUGGCUAGUGUUGCUUCUGGGAAGAAUCUCCAACCCAUUUGGUUCUUUCCCCUCUUCCACAGUCUUCCUCUUUGAGUCCGUGUAUGUACAUUCUUUGUGCCCUACUCCCUACCCCAUGUAAAAAUGUCUAAAUGAAAACAUAUACUUCAAGGAGAAAUCUGGAUAUGAGUGUAUUUCUCCCCAGCAGCUCAUGCUGGAGGGUUUCCACAAGUUCCUAAUGCCUGUGUCUCUGGGAAACAUGUUAGGUCUGUUAAAAUCCCUAUGUGAGAUCCACAGGAAAUGUAGACUCCACCAGGCAUGAUCCCCAGGCCCAGCUAACCCCAGUGGCAUUUUCCUGAAAAUUAGAAACAUGUGCCUCUCCGGGAGACCCAGCCUGAGCACUCAUGAAGGCUUUUCCUAAAUUCCCUUAUAUCUGUUACCUAUUUCCUCCAGCAGUGCUGUAUAACAGACCAU